AGAGCGCGGCCGCUCCUCCCCGGAAAGGGCGGUGGCUGCCGGCGGCACGUUCCCGUCAAGAUGGUGCGGAAGCUGAAGUACCACGAGCAGAAGCUGCUGCGGCGGCUGGAGCUGGUGAGCUGGGAGGCGGCGGCGGGGAGCUUAGCUGAGGUGAAGGCGCUGCGGCGCUACCGGAUGGGCCGCCGGGAGGACUACGUGCACUACAAGGCGCUGGCCCGCGCCGUCCGCACCUUGGUCCGCCGCCUCCGGGACCUAGGCCCGGCCAGCGCCGCCUUCCGCUCCCGCUGCGCGGCCACGCUGCUGGAGAAGCUGUACGGGCUGGGGCUGGUGAGCGGGCGGCAGUCCCUGGCCGUCUGCGAGAGCCUGUCUGCGGCCGCGUUCUGCCGGCGGCGCCUGCCCUGCCUGCUGGUGAAGCUGCGGAUGGCGCAGAACCUGCGCCACGCCGUCACCUUCGUGGAGCAGGGCCACGUCCGCGUGGGGCCCGAGGUGGUGACCGACCCCGCCGUCCUCAUUCCCCGCGCCGUGGAGGACUUCAUCACCUGGGUGGACGCCUCUCGCCUCCGGCAGAAGGUGCUCGACUACAACCAGGAGCGCGACGACUACGACCUGGCCGCCUAGGGAUGCGCUGCCUGUGCUGCCCGCACGCCUCUGCCCCGCUCCUUAGGACACGAUGGGCAAUAAAGACACACGGCGGUACCACUAUCAGAUAGAUACCCUCCCUCAACAUACCUGAAAGGGGAGCAAAGAGGAAACCUGCCACUGGUACCGUGCUGCUCUGCUCCCAGCUCCCCUUUGCACCUAGCAACUCCAUUCAUCAGCAUAGAGAAAGUUCCACAUCUGUCGCUCUGAGAAAACACUGGACAGCCCACCUCCACAGAAUC